UGAAAUAAUUUGUAGAGUAAAGUGCAUUAUGUGUACCUGCACUUUGGGCGAGACACCACUUGUAAUACCGUAGUUCUAAAAGCUCCAGUUGAGAUACUGUACUUAAGUUUUUGUUAAACUUUGUUGCCUUCCGUCUAUUUAAGCUAACGCCGUUACAUAUUCCUAAUACCCUUUUAGAACUACUGUUUAUUGGCGGGGUUUUGGUAGCGCCCUUUUACAACCUCACUUUACAUCAAGCACCACAUCUGAAGCAUCCAAACAACGAUUGUCGAGUUGAAUAGCAAAAGAGAUGAGUUGGGUUCGUCGACCACGGGCAGAUCGCAACAUCUACGCACCAAAUGAGUGCCCUUCUUAUACUAGCUGUAAGUAAAACUAGGGUUAGAAAUGUCGUGCUACUGCUAUUGCUUGUUUGUAAUACAUGUAGUAUGUUGUGCUGUUGCUCGGUUUAAGUUUGAAUUGUUUAUUGAAGCAUUGUUGUUGUUUAGUUUAUUCAGUGAAUUAGGGUUCAGUUAAAUAUGAUUGAUUUUGCUGAAGUUGGGUUUUUUAAUCUGUUAUGGUCCCAUAUGUGUGUGUAAAGUUGUGUUCACUGUUAUUUGUAUAUUCUGUCAAACGUGUUGCCCACUUGUGUUUGUUUUCUUGUUCCCAGCACCUGAGUUAUUUACCAUUAAAUUGCAUCAUGGUGGGGUAUUGAGAGAAGACCCAAAGGAAUACAUUGGUGGGGACUUCGAUUAUUUUGACUGCUGUGAUUUUGACACGAUGAGUUUGAUAGAGCUGGGUAGUAUGUUGAAAGAAUGUGGAGUAUUUGGUGCGUAUAUCUACUACUACAAAUUACCUAAAGCUGAUUUGGCUAGAGGUUUAUAGCCAUUAGAGACUGAUGAGGAAUUGUUGUUUAUGGCUGAGAUUAUCCCCCCAUCUAGGCUUAUUUAUGUUUAUGUGGUAACCCUGAAACCCUUUUUUGGUGACCCCCCUGUUGACUUGGAGAGUCAAGUUUUAAACCCCUCACAGGUUCCACUGUUAGAGUACCACACUGGUGAUAAAGAUGAUGCAGGAAAUGAAAGAGUAGGUGGUGAGCAUGCAGUAGAAGAUGAGAGAAAUGAUGAAGGAGUUAGAGACCAGGCUGGAGAAGGUGAAAUGAGUGAGGAAGGAUGUGGACAAGGAGAAAGAAAUGAGGAUGGAAGUGUUGAUAUGUGGUGGAGUACAAGUGACUCUGAAGAUGAGGAUUAUAAGGCAAGUACAGAGAGUGGUAGCUCAUUCCAUUCUGAUUCUUCAAACAUGGAUAGCACCGAUGAGGAUUUUGCUAACCAUAAGCAACAGAGGACAAUUAAUAAAGCUUCUAAGGCAAGUGCUAGUGCUAAGAAAGGUGGGAGAGAAAAGCAUCUUGCAAAGAAGGGUUCUAAUGUGGUUGACAAGGAUAACGCAAGUGAAGCUGCAUCUAAAUCCAAAGGGAAGGAAAAAAUUGGUGCAGCAGUUGACAAUGAGGUACAUACAGAUGAAAAUUCAAGUGACUCAACAAAGUAUGCAGACUCUGAGGAGGAGAGGAUGGCUCCUAACUCAACAGAUGAUGAGGAAAUAACCUACUCAGUUUUUGAUGAGAAAAGUGAGAUGGAUAAUCCAAAGUUUGAACUUGGCCAAAUGUUCCCUUCUGCCAAAGUCUUUAGAGAUGCAGUCAAGAAGCAGGCUAUUGUAGAGAGGAGGCCUAUAAUCCAAUGCAGGAACUAUGGUUCCAGAGUGAAGUUUAUUUGUGAGGGUACUUGUGAGUGGUCUAUAUAUGCUUCUAAGAUGCAAAGGAGUGACACUUACCAGAUCAAGGUUUAUGAACCAAAUCACACAUGUACUCAGACAUUCAAUCAGAAGCAAAUUAAUUCCAAGUGGAUAGCUGAGUAUUAUGAGGAUGACAUAAGAAUGAACCCUACUUGGCCAUUAAGUGCCUUUUUGAAGAAAGUUGUAAAUGAUUGGGGAUGCCAUGUCAGCAUCUAUGCUAUUGCAAGGGCAAAGAGGAAGGCCUUGGAGAAAAUAAAUGGAAGACAUGUGGAGCAGUAUUCCAGGGUUUGGGAUUAUGCUCAAGAGUUACUUAAAGCCAUGCCUGACAGCACUGUCUUGGUGACUACUGAGAAUGCUGAGGAGCCAGAAAAGAAAAGAUUCCAGAGAUUCUAUACCUGUUUUGGGCCCAUUAAGAAGGGGUUUAGUAGUGGUUGCAGACCACUAAUUGGACUAGAUGGGUGCCACUUGAAGGGCCCUUAUGGAGGCCAGUUGCUAUCUGCCAUUGGAACAGAUGCCAAUGAUGGGAUGUAUCCCUUGGCAUGGGCAGUUGUGGAGGCUGAGAAUAGUGAUAGUUGGUCAUGGUUUCUAGCAAAUGUAGUGUCAGACCUGAAAAUUACAAAUGAUGGGAGCUGGACCUUUAUUUCAGACAGGCAAAAGGGGCUCAUUAAUGCUUUGGAAAGUAUUGUACCUAAUGCUGAGCAUAGGUUUUGUGUGAUGCACUUGUAUAGAAACAUGUGGAAGGAGCACAAGGGAAUUGGAGUUAGGCCGUGCCUGUGGAAGGCAGCAAGGGCCACCACAGAGUACACAUAUGUCAAAUGCAUGGAUGAAAUGAAAAAGGUACAUACCACACUAUUCUAUUUUCACUUUAACUUUUGUCUUGUUCUGUAACUUUAAUAACAUGUG